CGCAGCCAGCGUGUCCCGGGGCCGGGGGGCCGGGCGGGCGCCAUGGGCCCGGCCCGCCGCAGGGACGCGCUCCGGCUGCGCGGCGGAGGGUCGCCGCCGCUCCUGCGGCUCUUCCCCGGCCGCCUCUCCGCCUUCCCGCUGUUCCUGCUGGCGCUGCUGCUGGGCUUCGCUUCGCUGCUCUGGCUCCAGCUCAGCUGCUCGGGCGAGGGGCCGGCGCCGGGCGGGCAGCACCGGGGGGUUCCCCGGCAGCCCUGCCCGCCCCCCGCGCCGCCGCAGCCGCCCCAGGAGGAGCCGUCGUGGGGGCCGCACCGGCUGGCGCUGCUGGUGCCCUUCCGAGAGCGCUUCGAGGAGCUGCUGGCCUUCGUGCCCUACAUGCACCGCUUCCUCAGCAAGAAGAGGAUCCGCCACCACAUCUUCAUCCUCAACCAAGUGGAUCAUUUCAGGUUUAACAGGGCAUCCCUGAUCAACGUGGGCUUCCUGGAGAGCGGCAACGACACCGACUACAUCGCCAUGCACGACGUGGAUCUCCUGCCCCUCAACGAGCACCUGGACUACAGCUUCCCAGAGGCAGGGCCCUUCCACGUGGCAUCCCCUGAGCUGCACCCGCUCUACCACUACAAGACCUACGUGGGCGGCAUCCUGCUGCUCACCAAGCAGCACUAUGAGUUGUGCAAUGGCAUGUCCAACCGCUUCUGGGGCUGGGGACGGGAGGACGAUGAGUUUUAUCGACGUAUCAAAGGAGCUGGUCUCCAGGUUCGUCGUCCCUCUGGAAUCACAACUGGAUACGAGACUUUCCAGCACCUGCACGACCCAGCCUGGAGGAAGAGGGACCAGAAGCGCAUCGCUGCGCAGAAGCAGGAGCAGUUCAAGGUGGAUCGGGAGGGAGGCCUGAACAACGUGAGGUACCGAAUCGAGUCACGGACAGAUCUGAGCGUGGCAGGAGCCCCUUGCACCGUCCUCAAUAUCUUGCUGGACUGUGACACAAACGAGACCCCCUGGUGCACGUUUGGCUGAGCCCAUCCCCACGUGCCAGGCGUGUGCUCUGUGCUGGUGCCAAGGCUCCCUGGCUGCCGUGCAGCUGCCUGGAGCAGGCAGGGAUUUGCAGCGGAUGAGCAGUGCUGGCGAGACACAGAGGAGCAGAAGAGGCUGAGAACUGGACUUUGCUGGGAGCAACAGAAGAGGCUUAGAGUGGGACUCUCUGGUGUCGCUGCAGGCGCUGGUGCUGCCUCCCAGGGCAGGUGCAGGAGGUGGCUUUCCUGUGCUGGACAUGGCUGAGCUGCCACGCAGCUCAGAGGACAAUAAAGAACUGUCAGGGCACCUGUGAGUUGUGAAUGCCCUGAGCUGUGCUGGCACUA